ACUACAAGCGUGCGUAAUUGCAUUUGUAUCUGUUUGACUCUGCUGUUGUUGUUGGCACCUUCACCACCACCACCACCACUUUUUUCUGUGUUUCUCUCUCCUUUCAUCGUCAAUUUCACAGCACAGUUAGAGAGAGACAGAGAGUAAGCAAUUUCACACUCACACACCCGCUUCCCGUAAUUCCCCAUUCUCUCUCUUUUCCCCUCUUAACUUUCGAGGGUUUUCAGUUCCCAAUUUCAAUUUCAUUGCCAUCGCGAAUCAAAAGGUUUCGGGAUCGAAAAGGUAGAGUUUUUGUGCAAUUCCGAUUCGGCAAAUGGCGUCUUCGAGUGUAGCAGGCGCUGGAUCCACCGAUUCCACAGCUGCAAGAAGAAACACCAAGCGACCCAAGUAUUCAAAGUUUACCCAGCAAGAGCUUCCAGCAUGUAAGCCGAUUCUCACGCCACGAGCGGUUAUUUCGGCAUUCUUGCUUGUCAGUGUUGUAUUUGUUCCUAUUGGAGUUGCUUCACUAAUUGCUUCAAGAAAGGUAGUUGAAAUUGUUUAUAGGUAUGAAUCUAAGUGCAUACCAAACAAUGUUACUGACAAAAUAGCAUACAUUCAGAGUUCAGCAGAUAAAACAUGCAACAUAACUCUUAAAGUGGAGAAGCAUAUGAAAUCACCUAUUUAUGUCUACUAUCAGCUUGACAACUUCUACCAGAAUCAUCGCCGGUAUGUUAAGAGCCGAAGUGACGAGCAAUUAAGGGAUCCCAAUGAUGAGAAUUCAACAAGUGCUUGUAAGCCUGAAGACACUGCCAAUGGAAAGGCAAUUGUACCUUGUGGUCUUAUAGCUUGGAGUUUGUUCAAUGACACAUACAGCUUCUCUCGUGACAACAAGAAUUUGACAGUGAAUAAGAAAGGCAUCUCCUGGAAGAGUGACAGAGAGCACAAAUUUGGAAAAGAUGUUUUCCCUAAAAACUUCCAGAGUAGUUCUGUUAGAGGUGGUGCAAAUCUCUCUGAAUCUGUACCAUUGAGUGAGCAGGAGGAUCUUAUUGUUUGGAUGCGAACAGCUGCUUUGCCAACUUUUAGGAAGUUGUACGGAAAGAUAGAGAUGGAUCUUAAUGAAGAUGAUACAAUAAGCGUAACUCUGAAAAAUAACUACAACACAUACAGUUUUAAUGGCAAGAAAAAGCUCGUACUGUCAACUACUAGCUGGCUUGGUGGGAAGAAUGACUUCCUUGGCAUUGCCUAUCUUACUGUUGGAGGAUUGUGCUUCUUUUUAGCUUUGGCUUUUACCAUUGUAUAUUUUGUCAAGCCAAGGCAACUUGGAGAUCCCUCAUAUUUGUCAUGGAAUAGGAAUCCGGGAGGGCACUGAGCAAAGAAACUAAAUAUGCUUGUUUGUUAUUUUCAUGAAUACAAGGCUUUGGUAUUCUAAAUUAGCGGGUGUAGUUUUUGUACAUCUAUGUUACCUUAUUGCUAGCAGCACUUGUGAAUUUAGUUGUUCUUAACUUCAUAUCCCCCACCUCUUCCCCACAUAAGAACCAAAACACAUUUUUUCUUCUUUUUGUACUGUGCAUGAAAAUUGAAAUAUGAUGUAUGCUCUGA